AUGAAGACCAGAGAUGUGAAAAUCAUCAACCAGGGCCAGGAGGAGGAGAUGGAGGUGUGGGGGUACCGGCCCUGUCCGUGGCGCCUGGCCCUGGUCUCUGUGGGGGUGGUCUGCACUGGGGGUCUGCUCCUGCUGCUCCUCUACUGGCUGCCUCAGUGGAGCGUGAAGAGCACCGGCUCCAGCUGCAGUCUGAGGGAGGCCCACACGCUGCUGCUGCGGUCCACGGACGAGUUCAAGCAGUGGUUCCGAGCCAGAGUCCACGUCAUGUCUGCUCCAGGACAGAGACCCUUCCAUCACCUCCCCUCCUCCAUCAAAGAGCAUGAUGGGAGCAGGCCCCAAGAACAAGCUGUGCAGAUCCAUUACUUCACCCACCACAGCACCAGAUACUACUGGAACGAAGGGCUGCACAACUUCGAAUCGUACAAAGGCCUGGAGGACGUGCGCGUGAGCUGUGCAGAGCUAUACUCGGAACAUGCCAACGGUCUGCCCCCACUGGUGCAGGAGUACAGGAGGUUGUUCUUUGGAGAGAAUGAGAUCGCAGUCAGAGUUCCAUCUAUUUUCAAGCUGCUCAUAAAAGAAGUCCUGAACCCGUUCUACAUCUUCCAGCUCUUCAGUGUGAUUCUGUGGAGCGCCGAGGACUACUACUACUACGCCACCGCCAUCGUCUUCAUGUCCGUCAUCUCCAUCGCCACCUCCCUCUACACCAUCAAGAGGCAAUAUGUGAUGUUACGCGACAUGGUGGCGGCUCACAGCGUGGUGCGGGUGUCGCGCUGCAGAGGAGACAAAGAGGUGGAGCAGGCCAUGUCCACGGAGCUGGUCCCCGGUGAUGUCAUCGUGGUUCCAGCCAAUGGGAUGAUCAUGCCGUGUGACGCCGCGCUCGUCCAGGGCACCUGCAUCGUCAACGAGAGCAUGCUAACUGGAGAGAGUGUCCCGGUGACAAAGACCAGUGUUCCCAGUGCAGGAGCCGAGGGGGCAGAGAGCUUCAGCCUGGACCAGCACAAGCGCCACACCCUGUUCUGCGGCACACGAGUCAUCCAGACUCGAUUCUACAGCGGGGAGAUGGUGAAGGCCGUGGUGGUCCGCACAGGUUUCUGUACGGAGAAGGGGCAGCUGGUCCGCUCCAUCCUCUACCCCAAACCCACAGACUUCAGACUGUACAGAGACGCCUACCUCUUCCUGCUGUGUCUGGUGGCAGUGGCAGCCAUCGGCUUCGUCUACACCGUGACCCUCAGCAUCAUCAACAAUGUUCCAGCUAAACUAAUUGUGAUCAAGUCCCUGGACAUCAUCACCAUCACUGUGCCUCCUGCUCUGCCGGCGGCCAUGACGGCGGGCAUCGUCUACGCCCAGCGCCGCCUUAAGAGGGUGGGCAUCUUCUGCAUCAGCCCCCAGAGGAUCAACAUGUGCGGACAGCUCAACGUGGUCUGCUUCGACAAGACUGGGACUCUCACGGAGGACGGCCUGGACCUGUGGGGAGUGCAGCGUGUGGAGAACGGGAGUUUUCUCUCCCCUGAGUCCUCGGUGAAUAAGGAGGCCCUGUGCUCGUCUGUGUUUGUGGCCUGCAUGGCGUCCUGUCACUCCCUGACCACCAUCGAGGGCCAGCUCUCCGGGGACCCUCUGGACCUCAAGAUGUUCGGUGCCACGGGCUGGAUCUUGGAGGAGCCUACCCAAGAAGAGACCGCUCUCCACAACCCCAUCAUGCCGACCGUGGUGCGCCCGUCCCCCCACGUCGUCAUGGAGCCGUGCGAGAUCGGCAUCGUGCGGCAGUUCCCCUUCUCCUCCUCGCUGCAGCGCAUGACCGCGGUGGUGCGCAAGCUGGGGGACAAGCAUAUGAACGCCUUCCUCAAGGGGGCGCCAGAGGUGGUGGUCGGUCUGUGCAAACCUCACACAGUCCCGCACAGCUUUGCAGAGACUCUGGAGGGCUACACCCAGGAGGGCUUCAGGGUCAUCGCUCUGGCCCACAGGCAGCUGGAGGCCCGGCUGUCCUGGCACAAGGUCCAGGCUCUCAGCAGAGACGUGAUCGAAAACAACAUGGAGUUCCUGGGUCUGAUCGUGAUGCAGAACAAGAUCAAAGGAGAGACGUCUGUGGUGCUGAGGGAGCUGCAGGAGGCGCACAUCCGCACUCUCAUGGUCACAGGAGACAACAUGCUCACAGCGGUCUCUGUGGCUCGAGACUGUGGAAUGAUCCGUGCUCAGGAGAAGGUGAUCGUUGCCGACGCUCUCCCCCCUAAAGACUUCCACCCGGCGACCAUCAGCUGGCACCACACCCAGACCGCAGCACCACACAAGGACACACAGAGGGAUUAG